GGUUUUUACCAUCAUCACCCAACUAUUUCGGAACAUUUUUGGAUGCCUUCUAUACUCGUACCUAAUCUAACGACGUUAUUGGUUUGAGGCGGCUAAUCACCGGACAUUACCAGUUUGACUCUACUACUGACUAAAGCAUCCAUCACCUGCUCUCCACCUCUCCCUCCGCCAUGUCGCCGCCGCCGCCGGCCGCCGGCAACCCGUACAGGGCGGAGCACGCCGCCGCCAAGAAGGCCGUCGCCCUCGCCGCGCGCCUCUGCCAGAAAGUGCAGCAGGACCUCUUGAAAUUGGACGUUCAAACUAAGGCAGACAGAACCCCUGUGACAGUCGCCGACUAUGGGUCACAAGUAUUGGUAAGUCUGGUCCUGAAGAUGGAAUUACCUUCUGAAACAUUUUCCAUGGUGGCAGAAGAGGAUUCAGAGGACCUGAGGAAAGAUGGAGCUGAAGAGAUUUUGGAACAUAUCACCAAACUCGUAAAUGAAACCGUCAUGGAUGAUGGUUCAUACAGCAUCACAUUAUCCAAGGAAGAUGUGCUGGUGGCACUUGAUGGUGGAAGAUCUGAAGGAGGUCCUUCUGGGAGACAUUGGAUAUUGGAUCCAAUAGAUGGAACCAAAGGUUUCAUAAGGGGAGACCAAUACGCAAUUGCACUUGCAUUACUUGACAAAGGCAAAGUAGUUUUGGGAGCAAUGGCAUGCCCAAAUCUUCCUUUCAAAUCAAUAGGAAAUCACAAUGGUGGAUCUUCUGGAGAUCAAGUCGGUGCCCUCUUUUCUGCUACAAUUGGCUGUGGAGCUACAGUUGAGACAUUAGAGGGCUCUCAGCGACAAAAGAUCAGUGUGUGCUCUAUAAACAAUCCUGUGGAUGCCUCAUUCUUUGAACCUUAUGAAAUAAGACACUCCAUGCGUGACUGCACUUCAUCAAUUGCAAAGAAACUUGGUAUUCAGGCUCCUCCAGUUAGAAUUGAUAGCCAAGCAAAAUAUGCUGCUAUAGCCCGAGGUGACGGUGCCAUUUAUUGGCGCUUUCCACACAAUCGUAGCAGACUAACUGUAUGGGAUCAUGCAUCUGGGUCUAUUAUUGUCACAGAAGCUGGAGGUUUGGUAAAAGAUGCUUCAGGAAACGAUUUGGAUUUCUCUAAAGGUAGACAUCUUGGUCAUGAAGGUGGCAUUAUUGCAACAAACAAAUAUUUGAUGCCAUUAGUUGUAGAAGCUGCCCAAGAGGCUAUGAAGCAGGAAGGAAUACUAGGCUAAUUCACUCAUGCAUCAGAAUUC